AUGGACAACAACAUAAUAUCUCAACUGCCAAUACCUAUACUUCACCACAUUCUCUGUUUCCUCUCCCAGAAAGAAGCUCUGAGAACAUGUCUCCUCUCCAAACAAUGGCGCCACAUGGGAACAACCCGCCCAAACCUCGACUUCUCCGAAGAAUGGUUCGACAACACACAAGAAAAGUUUGUCUCCGUCGUCGACCGAACCCUACAAGGAUACAGUAAUCAAAACCUCUCCAUACACAAACUCCAUCUCCACUUAUCGAGGUUCUCACCACCUGUCAUCUCCCUUCUCGACAAAUGGAUCCCGAUGGUACUCGCCCUCAACAUAAAGUCGUUCAAACUCAACUUUUGUUCAUUCACUCUGGCGUAUUACGACCUGCCGUCAGCAGUCUUCUUAGCCGAGUCCCUCGAAGAACUACACCUGGGGCAAUGCAGGUUGAGCCCGGUCGAGAGCGUGCGGUUUAAAAGUCUGCACACACUCACCCUCGAACUGGUCCAAAUUGAUGACGGAACUUUGGAGAAGAUAAGGUCGGGUAGCCCUUUGCUCAGGCGCCUGGUCCUUAAAGACUGUUCGGAGUUGAGAAACGUUAGGCUGAGCGAGGUGGCAUCACCUGAGCUCAACCACUUUGAAUUGAAUAAUAUCCAGACGAUCGAAGGGCGUAGCAUUGAAAUCCAUGUCCCCAAUAUUGAGACGGUUUCCAUCUUGGGCCGAUGGAUUUGGUCUCAACGCCAAAGCAUAUUCUUGUUUUCUCGUCUCACGAGAUUGCAUCUCUGUGCUGUGAUCCUGUCGAGCGAGUCGUUCGACUUGUUAUCGUUCGGCUGCCCAACUCUUGCGAGUUUGACCCUACGUGAUUGCUCUGGUUUUGAGGAAUUCCAUCUUGCAAGUGAUUCCGUCAAGUACUUGUGCAUCUCGACCUGCGAAAAAUUUCUUAAAAGAGUUACGAUUUGUGCUCCCAACAUUCUCGAAUUUACGUUCACUGCCAGUAUUCCCCAUGCGCCGGACACAUUCUCUUUCACGACACAUUCUCAGUUUUGGUACUCAAAAGUAAUCAUCUCUUCGUAUGUGAAUGAUCCCGAUUUCGACUUCACUUGGUGGUUCUUUAAGCUGAGACGAGUUCUCAAGGCACUAAGUGGCUCUCAGAUUUCUCUGAUUCUGCAGAUGUACAGCGACAUUCAUCUGGACAUGCCAUGUGGUGUUGUUGAUGGCAGUCGUCUUCUCAGUGAAGAGCCGCCUGUGGUGUUGAUGAACUUGGAAUUUACAACUUCUAAAUGUCACACGGAAUCUUGGUACUCGGACUUUAUGAGUGAUUUGUUUCGUGUUUGUCGACCGAGUCACGUAUGGGAUUGUAGGCCCGUGAGCCAGUCGGACAGGAACAGCCACAGGCUCUCAGAGUUUCAGUUCAACAUCUUGCUUGCAAACACGAGCCUGAGGACUGAGACCUACUUUUGGCGGCACGAUUUGGAGCAAUUGCACGUGAAAACUGCCAAUGGACAGCUCGUUCAGUGGACGGACCUUUCAGAAUUGCGAAACAGAACGUAUGACGGGAAAGUAUGCCUUGAGUUGAAAUGGAGAGAUUAG